UUGACGAAAUGUCAAUCAGCAAUAAAUAACAUCAGGAAUGGGAGGCAGCCAUUGCUAUGCUCCAUCCGAGGUAGAGAGCGCAUAGUCUGCUGCAUGAACUCCUGGUACCAACCACGUCCCACAAGCUACGUGCCAAGACCUGUCGUCACUGUGCCGGCCACACCGGGGAACUAUUACCCAAGACCUAAACCUACUACACAUAGACCUCAUAAUACACAAAAUGGCUGCGGGCCUAUUUCGCCACAGUUGACUGCACCCAAAACUGGCCGCAAAGCAUGGGACAAAUGUAUUGAAUAUCAAGAAAAGUUGAUAUAUCCUUGCGUUAGAAGUGCCGCAUUUACUGACGAUAUGGUUCGUGCGCGCCGGUGCUACCACAGCAUGGAUGAGCUGAUCGUUGGUGGACUUGGUGCGGCCAAGAGGGAAUUCCCACACAUGGUUUUACUUGGCCUAGGUUCAAAUCCUCAAACAGCGUCCUGGGCCUGCGGAGGAACCCUUAUCAGCGAACGCUUCAUCUUGACCGCUGCUCACUGCACAAUGGCGAAUCGCGCUUACGUGAGCUUCGCUCUUCUUGGAAUAUUAAACAGAUCUGAACGGAUCAACACCUCCAAUCUCUACAGGAUCAAGAGGAUAAUCAAGCAUCCCAGAUACAAAUCCCCGUCGAAAUACAACGAUAUAGCCUUGCUUGAAACCGAAACGGAAAUCAAACUGAGUGAGGAUGCUGUGCCUGCGUGCCUCCCCGUGGACACAACAGCUCCCGACGAGAAAGCUAUAGCUACUGGGUGGGGGGCGACCGGCUACAAGGGGUUGAAUUCUGAUUCCCUGCAGAAGGUGAUAUUAGAAAAGUUUCCCGAAUACGAGUGCAAGUCGAAAUAUCCCGCGACACGUCACCUGGAGAACGGGUUCGAUCCCAACACGCAAUUAUGUUAUGGUGACAGAUACGAAUCGAAGGACUCGUGUCAGGGUGACAGCGGGGGUCCGUUGCAGUUGAAAAACAACAAGAUUAACUGCAUGUACACCGUAAUAGGGGUCACAUCGUUCGGCAACAAAUGCGGGAUCGUGGGGGAGCCGGGGGUCUACACCAAAGUGUCUGCCUAUGUGCCGUGGAUAGAGAGUAUAGUUUGGCCAUAG